AAAAUAAAAGAAAGUAAGAAAAAGCAAAGAAGCACAUUGCCAACCCAUCUUUCAGUCACAAAAUUGAAGGCCAAAAAAAGACUUCUUCUUCUUCUUCUUCCCUCCCUCUCUCUCUCUCUCUAUCUCUCCUCCACUCAAAUGAAAAUACCUCUCUCUUUCUCUUCUUCAUACUCAUACUUCAGCUGGCUUUUUUCAUGCAAGAUUCAAAGAACUCUCAUACAAGGUUCAUAUGAUUUUAUGUAAAAGCCUAAGCCAACAGUGAUCAUCUCUCUUCAUGACAAUCUAAGGCCAGCAUGCCUCUUACACAAUUGCCAAAAGGAAGCCUUGGUAUCAAAGAGCAAUACAAAUGGCUACUCAAUGGAAGACAAUUUCCAAUUCCAAGUCCACAGAAAUUUCACACCCAAAUCCCACAUUAUGCAAAGCUGUUUCAAACCCUACAGAGAUCCCUACAGCACAUGCAACUUUGUGGAAGACCAUUUCCAAGUCGACAACGACGACGACAGAGUUAUCAUCGUCGAUAACCAUCACUACUACCACCGCCGCAGCCGCAGCGAGAACAAACCCUAAUAGAGGGAAGCUGCGAAAAUGCACUUCUCUUAGAGUUGCUUCAUCUUUUACUAGAGUAUGUCUUUGUGCUCCAAUAUCUUCAUACAAUGAGGUGUUUAAAGCCGAUGUUCCUCCAAGAAGAAGCUAUAGUUACCCUAGAUCGAAACCAUUGAUGCCUGUUGCUUCACAAGAAAGAAUAAUAGCUAGCCAUGGAAGAAUUAGCACAGAAGGAAGAAGAGUUUUUAGAGGGAAGUCAUUGACAGAUGAUGUUUUGAUGAGGAGAUUUGUUGUGGAAGAAGAAGCAAUGAUGCAAGUUAGGAGAAGAAAUCAAAUGGAAGUUAUUAGAAAAAGAAGUAUGAUGAGAAGAAAAAGACUUGGACCAAGCCCUCUUAGUAGAAUGGUAAUGGCGGAGACUGAGGAGGAAAGACAAGGUUAAAUUGAUUAUUAAAGGUUUGGAUUUUCAUUUCUUUUUAAUUAUUUUCUAAUAUUUUUCUUCAUUUAUUGAGGUUUGUAAUUGUUGCAAUUUUCUUCCAUUUAUAUUAGAUGGUUUUGGGUGGU